AAAGGUUGUUAAAAUGGCUGAUUUCCUCGAGUAUUCAUCAAUCAGUUCGGAAAUCCGUGGCGCUAUGUGUCCCGGAAAGCUGAAAAUGACCGACACAGCGAUGGUAUUUAAAAGUGACAAAACUGGCAAAGUGGAGCAGAUCAACUCCAGCGACAUUGAACUGUUGAACUAUCAACGAUUCGUGGGCAGCUUUGGACUGCGCGUGUUCCUGAAGAAUGGUUCUUUGCAUCGUUUCCUUGGGUUCACCGGGGACGAGGCGAAGAUAGCGGAGUUUGUGAAGAAAAACUACAAACUCGACAUGCUGGAAAAGGAACUGUCGAUGCGUGGCUGGAACUGGGGCUCGGUACAGUUUAAGGGUGCGGUACUGAGCUUCGACGUGGAAAACAAGACCAGCUUUGAGAUACCGCUGAACCACGUGUCGCAGUGCAACGUGGGCAAGAACGAGGUAACGGUCGAGUUUCACCGGAACGAUGAUGCGCCGGUUAGCUUGAUGGAGAUGCGGUUCCACAUUCCCACGUCCGAGUCGGCUGACAUUGACCCUGUGGAAGCGUUCCAGGAGAACGUCAUGAAGCAGGCUUCCGUCAUAUCGGUGUCUGGAGAUGCGAUUGCGAUCUUCCGCGAAAUCCACUGCCUUACGCCGCGCGGUCGGUACGACAUCAAGGUGUUCCAGACGUUCUUCCAGCUGCACGGUAAAACGUACGAUUUUAAAAUCCCAACCUCGUCCGUACUGCGACUGUUUCUGCUACCGCACAAGGAUAACCGGCAAAUGUUCUUCGUCAUAUCGCUGGAUCCACCGAUCAAGCAGGGCCAGACGCGUUACCACUUUCUGGUCACGCUGUUCCAGAUGGACGAGGAAACGAACAUUGAGCUACCAUUUACGGAGGAAGAGCUGAAGGAAAAGUAUGAGGAUAAACUGACGAAGGAACUGUCCGGACCGGUGUACGAGGUGUUGGGCAAAAUCAUGAAAGUAAUUAUAAAUCGUAAAUUAACCGGACCUGGUACGUUUAUCGGUCACUCGGGCACACCGGCCAUCGGGUGCUCGUUCAAGGCGGCAGCAGGAUAUCUCUACCCACUGGAGCGAGGAUUUAUAUACGUCCACAAACCACCAGUUCACAUCCGGUUCGAGGAGAUUGCAACGGUCAAUUUCGCGCGUAGCGGUGGAUCGACGCGAAGUUUCGAUUUCGAGAUAGAGCUCAAAACCGGUACGGUCCAUACAUUCAGCAGCAUCGAGAAGGAAGAAUACUCAAAGCUUUUCGAUUUCAUCGUCUCGAAAAAGCUGAACGUAAAGAAUACGGGCGGAAAGGCAAGCUACAAGGACGACUUUGCCGAUUCGGAUAACGAGGGCGAACCGGACGCGUAUCUGGCGCGCGUAAAGGCGGAAGCGAAGGAGCGCGACGAGGACGACGAUGGAACCAAUUCGGAAGAAUCGACCGAUGAGGACUUUAACCCGAACCAGCAGGAAUCCGAUGUGGCCGAGGAGUUCGACAGUAAUGUGGAGUCUUCAUCGGAUGACUCCGACGACGAGGACGGUAGCGGAGGUGAUAGUGGCGGUAGCGGAACGGACGGUGGUCGCGAGAAAAAGCGCGACAAAAAGAAAGAGAAGAAGGAAAGGGUUAAAGAAAAAUCACCCAAAAAGAAGGAGAAGAAGGAAAGGAAGGAAUCGGCAAAGAAAUCGAAAACAAAAGACUCUGGCGCACCGAAACGACCAUCCACGGCGUUUAUGCUCUGGAUGAAUGCAACCCGCGACCAGAUACGGAAGGACAAUCCGGGCCUGUCGAUGAUCGCGAUCAGCAAGAAGGGUGGUGAGCUGUGGAAGGAUCUGAAGGACAAGAAGGACUGGGAAGCGAAGGCAUUGAAGGCCAAGGAAGAUUACGCGGAAGCGAUGGCCGCAUACAAAGCGUCCGGUGGUGCCGGUGAGGAGGUAGAUGACGAUAAGGGCGAAAAGAGGAAAAAGAAACCAGCCGCCAAGAAGUCGGACACGUCCAUGAAGGGUAGCGGGUUCAAGAGUAAAGAGUUUAUCGAUGGGGACGAUUCGUCCAGCGAGGAGGACAAGAAAAAAGACACCAAGAAAGUGAAGACACCGGAACCGGCGGACAGGAAGAAAUCGAAGAAAUCAGACUCAGAAUCAGAAAUGUCCGAAUCGGAAGAGGACGAGGAUGAGGAUAUGAGCGAAGGCAGUGAUUAA